UACUGUUCAAGCAAUCUCAAGCCCAAUUUGCUUACUUCUAGCCCUCCUCUUUGAUAUAAUCUCCAUGGCUGUAUCAUCAGCUGCUUCACUGAUACUUCUUGUUACCUUGAUUUCAUGCCUUGAGCCAACAAUAGUUCAAGGCUUGGAAGGCGUAGGGGUGUGUAAUGGUCGGCAUGCGAACGACUUGCCGUCGGAGCAAGAAGUGGUGGAGUUUUAUAAAGAUAACGGCAUCGGGAAGAUGAGAAUCUACGGCGAUCCAAACCAAGCAACUCUCAAUGCCCUCAGAAGCUCCGGCAUCCAACUCAUCCUCGACGUUCCAAACCCAGAUCUUGAAGCUCUGGCCAUGGAUGCCUCAUCUGCGAAGCAAUGGGUUCAAACCAACGUCGUCAACUUCUUCCCGGACGUCAAUUUCCGGUACAUCUCAGUGGGGAACGAGGUGAACCCUAAUGGUGUUUCGUCUCGCUUCACGCAGUUCGUUCUCCCGGCGAUGAAAAACAUUCACGACGCUCUUGCAGCCGCCAGCCUGGGAGAUCAGAUAAAGGUCUCGACCGCAACUUACAUGGCGUUGAUCGGAAAUUCUUACCCGCCAUCGGAAGGCUCUUUCAGCGACGACGCCAAGACGUUCCUCGCCCCCAUCAUCGACUUCCUGGGCCAAACCAGAGCUCCAUUGCUGGCCAACAUAUAUCCUUACUUUGCCUACCACGACGAUACCCAGAACAUUCAGCUCCCAUAUGCGUUGUUCACGGCCGCCGGAGUGGUGGUGCAGGACGGCGAGUUUGGAUAUCAGAACCUGUUUGAUGCAAUGGUGGACACCAUGCACGCCGCCGUGGAGAGGGCCGGCGGGGGAGCCAUGCAGAUAGUUGUAUCAGAGAGCGGGUGGCCGUCGGAAGGAGGCACCGGAGCAACCAUGGAGAACGCAGCAACAUACUACAGGAAUUUGAUUGAGCAUGUGAGGGGAUCAGGGACUCCAAUGAGGCCGGGAAACGCCAUAGAGACAUACUUGUUCGCCAUGUUUGAUGAGAACCAGAAAGAUGGAGAUGAGACUGAGAGGCAUUUUGGCCUCUUCUACCCCAACAAGCAGCCCAAGUACCAGCUCAAUGACUCUUAGGUCAUUGCCCUUAUCAUCAUCAAAAGCCAUUCUUAAAUCUCCCUCGGUGCCGCAAGAAGAGUGGUCGGAGUCCUUAUUACUAACCCUAAAAAUAUGGUUUGAGUCUUUAUAAUAACCCUAAAAAUGAAAAGGACGGUUGUAUGAGCCCUUAUUGAUAACCCUAAAAAUAAAGGGGAUCAUGGUUUGGGUCCUUAUUAAUAACCCUAAAAAUAAAAUCAUCAUGAUUUGGGUCUUAUGGAUAACUUGAAAAAAUAGCAAAAUCUUCCUAGCAUAUGAUUUGAAUCCUUACUAAUAACCCUAAAUAUGAGAAGGAUGGUUGUAUGAGCCCUUAUUGAUAGAAUAAAGAGGAUCAUGGCUCGGGUCCUUAUCGAUAACCCUAAAAAUAAAAUCAUCAUUG